GCCGGACUCGCGCUGAAACGGAUAAGAUAAGCAGACAGCGUCAUGACUGUAGGUUACAUAAGAUACCAGGCAGCACCGAACAAGUCCUCAGUUGUGAUUCGGAGUUUCCAUUGGAAGGAAUCUAAUAUAGGGAGUGAGGCCUUCGUGAAUGAGUGAUGCGAUGCCGGUGUGUGCUAGUGAGAAAUUGCCGCCGCAGCACGGAGGAGAAAUGACUCCUGCUAAUGGAUAUGCCAGAAAUAUUGAAGGGGGUAGUGGCAGCAGUUCUCUGCACAGUACUUCUCCCCCGUCGCCUAACUCGCCAAUAUCAACCCCGCCUGACUCGGGUUCGCCAGCACCUGCUUCUCCCACUAUCCGGAAGAGAGGUCUGCAACACACCGUUUCAUCUGGCUACAUCUCCAUAUCGUCGGUGCGACAUCGUUUGAAUCACAUUGCAAGCAGCCCUACCUUCAGCAGACCAACUUCUCCGCUUGCUGCUCAGCAUCAAGAAAAGCCUCGACUGGCAGGAUUCAUCGGAUGGUACCCGACGUUAGUUCUGAGGUUCAUCCAAAACUUAAUCUCCACAAUAGCCUACCUCAUUUGGAGCCAAUUCAUUCUGUUAGGACCAACGCUAUGGAUUUCGGCUUGGCUGUGGAUCUUCUGGAAAUCCAUUCAGCUUCCUCUGACAAUCAUCAAAUGGCUGUUGACUCUUCUCCAUACUCCAGUGUCUGAACGCGGACGGAAGAAACGCACCGUUCUCAUCAGCGGAGGAAGCACAAUCCAAGCUCUGCACCUUGCACGAAAUUUCUAUACAGCAGGGGCUCGAGUUGUGGUCUUUGAAAUCGAAGGCCUGUUCGGGCUUGCAAGGUUCUCGACAGCAGUUCAGAAGUUCUACACAGUGCCUCGACCUGAACCACAUCAUCCUCAAAAGUAUGUGAAAGCAUUGUGUGACAUAGUUGAAAGCGAAAACGCGUCGUAUUUUAUUCCCGUAAGUGCGACAUCCACUGCUUACUACGAUGCCCUUGCUAAACCUCAUCUAGAACUUCUGGGGUGUUCCUGCUUCUGUCCAGGAGUAAAAGAAGUGUGGGUGCUGGAUGAUAUUUUGGAGGUUCUACAGCAUUGCCAGGGGGCUGGUAUUCCAACUCCAGUUCACUAUGCUGUUUCAUCGAAGGACGAAAUUACGAGGUUGUAUAACAGCGGUCUACUGCGGACUGGAAGACACGUGAUGGUCAGUGUCGGCCCUUGGGGAUGCAGGGACAAGCUAAAAGUUGUCAUACCGGCCCAUCGCCAAGAAUUCAAGGUAACUCAUGAGAUAAGCGAGCAGAGACCAUGGGUCAUAAUCCAGGAUGUGCCGGGCCAACAUUUUCUCACUUGCACCACAGUGAAAGAAUCUCAGGUCGUGGCAAAUGUCACGUGUCACGUGAAUAAAGACAGUGGAGGGCUGGUACCUGUAGAGAAUCAAGAGGUUUCCUACUGGUUGAAGAACUUCUUCAGCAAAGUCCGGGUUCUGCGACAGGUGACGGGACACGUGAGUUUCCGGUUUGUGGUUUCAGAUGCGGAUAAAACGUUGAUUCCAAUGAGCUGCCGUGUUGGAGUGUCCAUGCCUUAUAUCUGCUACACAAGUGUACACCCACGUAUCGUGUGGAAGCCGUGCAAGCAUUUCAGCCGUCAGAACUCGGGGCCUCUUGUGGCUGACUCGGGCAGAUACUGGAUGCACGAGGCCGUCAUGAACACCUUGAAGCAUCCAAGCGUGGAGGCUGUGGGACGCCUUAUAGGAACAGUGCUUGACAAGCGGGAGGCGCUCUUCGUGUUCUGGGAUCCACUCCCGUACUGUGCAUACUAUCACAUUCAGCUGCCCUUCAAAAACGUGCUGGCCUUUGUGCAGGAGCACUACGGGCGGAAUGGCCGGAAUGGCUUCCAGUAUAAAACUAUGACCGCCCCUGUACAUUGAAUAAUACAACGUAAAGUACUCAUUCCCAAAUUUUAUGUCUCAAGAAAUCCUUGGGGCACAGGUUAUUUAUUGACACUCUACGAAUAUAAUAGUUUUACGCCCUGU